CUCGUCAGAAGUUCACAAGUGCUAUUUAAGACGCAGCCGGUUCAAGGUGGUUCAGAUAUCAGCUCAGUGCGCGCAACAGGACGCGCAGGACCUGGAGGAACAGACGCCGCUGCAGCGCUCCGAGGUCGCUUAGAAAUAACCGUUAAAGACGUUUUUCCUCUGGAAGGAAUAAGCUGUGAGAGACAUGAGAGCGUGGAAAGUUGUGUUUCUGUACUUCGUGGUGUUGAAUGCAGCUGUGCACUAUGUGACGUCCUUGGAAGAAGAGCUCGCCGAUUCUAUUUUUGGCAACUUCCUCGACCCUCUCAAAGACUUAUUUAAUCACAAAGAUGAUGGAAACGCGACCGUUGCUAAAUUCUCUCUCCGCAAACCGUCCCAUCCCGAUGACGACCUCUGCUACAUCACUCCUGGUAAACCGGAGUCGCUGGCAGCCUGCACCUUCAACAGCACCUCCAAAACCUUCCUGGUGAUCCACGGAUGGACGCUGAGCGGCAUGUUUGAGAGCUGGGUGCCGAAGCUGGUGUCGGCGCUGUACGAGAGGGAGCAGACGGCCAACGUCAUCGUGGUGGACUGGCUCAGCACGGCCCAGAAUCACUACAUCAUAGCGGCUCAGAGCACCAAAGCUGUGGGUCAGGAGAUCGCCCACUUCAUCGACUGGAUCGAGGAAACCACCAACAUGCCUCUUGAGAACAUCCACCUGAUUGGCUACAGCCUCGGGGCUCAUGUGGCGGGAUUCGCUGGCAGCCACGCGACCAAUAAAGUCGGAAGAAUAACUGGUCUCGAUCCGGCCGGUCCCGACUUUGAGGGCGAACACGCUCACAGACGUCUCUCCCCGGACGACGCUCACUUCGUGGACGUCCUUCACACCUUCACUCGAGGAUCUCUGGGCCUCAGCAUCGGCAUCCAACAGCCCGUCGGCCACGUGGACAUUUACCCCAACGGAGGCAGCUUCCAGCCGGGCUGCAACCUCAGGGGGGCUCUGGAGAAGAUCGCCAACUUUGGAAUAUUCGCCAUCACCGAUGCAGUGAAGUGUGAACACGAGCGCUCCAUCCACCUGUUCAUCGACUCCCUGCUGAACGAACAAGACGCGGCGAAGGCCUACAGGUGCGGCAGCAACGACAUGUUCGACCGCGGCAUGUGUCUGAGCUGCCGCAAGAGUCGCUGCAACAGGGUGGGCUACGACAUCAGCAAGGUCCGCAAGCCGCGCAACGUCCAGAUGUACACCAAGACCCGAGCCUCCAUGCCCUUCAGAGUUUACCACUAUCAGCUGAAGAUCCACUUCUCCAGUAAAGUGAACAUUUCAGAGAUGGAGCCUUCGCUUACCGUCUCACUGUUUGGAACCAAAGACGAGGCCGAAAACCUGGAGCUUAAGCUAAAGGAGAAGAUUGUGACAAAUAAAACCCAUUCAUUCCUGCUGGUGACGGAAAAAGACAUCGGCGACCUGCUGAUGCUGAAGUUUAAAUGGGAGGCAACAAACGGCUGGUCUGCCUCCAACAUGUUGAAGAUGGUUUCCUCGUGGUGGUCAGGAGACUGACAGAGCGAAUAUGGAGAUCCACAAAAUCCGCAUCAGAGCGGGGGAAACACAAAAAAGUAAGUUGAACAGUGACAAUAAAUACAGAAAAGUACAUAGGCCAGUUAAAACACACAUCAUUUGUGGUUGUAUAAAUGAAAAGGUUUAGUUAAACUUGCAAAAAAUGCUCUAGAUGUGUCAUAUUGUCCACCGCUUUGGUUUUGACCAAGUGGCAGAACGUCUUUGCAGUGAAAGGAGGAAGUAUUUUCAGGACCACAGUUGUAGGACUGCAGUUUUUUGUGCCACCUGCUAAAUUGUGCAUCUACAGUAGUAGCAUUCUGGCCCAAAUGGACGACAUUAAAACCAGUUCUGAUGUCUUUAGUUGGACAGCAGUCAUUAGUUUGCCAGCGUGUGAGUAACAUACUAUGACAGUCAUCAGGCAGUGUAAUAAACCUUUGUAACAUAACUCAGUUGAUGAAAAGUAUUAUUUACAUGGGCUAAAAAUUUUAUACCAUAACUUAUUAGAAAGUACUAUUUCUGUGGAAUAAAUCUCUAAAUCUAUAGGUAGACUUUGGCAUUGUCUGCUGCAGACACAUGAUUUUGAUCUCUGGGCCUGAAAACUGCAGCCAGCACUGAAGUGCAGUUCCUCCUAUGGCCACUGGAGGCUGCCUCCAGAAGCAAGUCAAUCGUCAUAGACCCCCAUGCUAAAAUGUUCAACUUUACAGCAGAAAUAAACAUGCUUAAACCCUUAAGCUUCAGUGUACCGCUGGCGGUACACCUACUAAUUUGCUUAGGAAUUUCAAAAAUGUCCGACGGCUGCAAACACGAUUAUACAAACACUAUACACCGAUGGAAAGCUUAGAUUCUCAUGAAUCCGCCGGUAUAAACCACUUUCAGAUGCGAUUACUACAGCGGGUGAGAAAAACACAUUUGUCCGACAAAAACAAAUAUUCAUCCAUCCGUUCUCUAUACACGGCUUCAACGCACACAGCGCGACUCACAUUUCCGGGUUCAUUAUUACACACAAAAAAAAAAGAUUCCACAAAAAACGGCCAUAAUCCAACCUUUUACAUCCAGAUGACACAAGCCAGUAAACUAUUUUGUCCAAAACAUGUCCUGAAGUCGGUAUAAAAUCCCCGAAUCGGUCAUUUUCAAGGAAAUGCACCUUGCGAUGCCCGUCCAAUAUUCCCCGUAUUUUUCGUAAUUUUUUUUAUUUAAAAAUAGAAUAUUAGCGAUUUUUUGUACUGAAAACGGCUGGAAUUGGCUGAAGCUUAAAGGGUUAAAGCCUGGUACAAAAACAGUUUUGGUCUCUGUAGGUGGUUUAUCAGUUUUUGACAACCGUACAAGGGGUGACUUUAUAUACAAGUCUGAUUUAAGUUGUAUUAAGGCUAAAAGUAUGAGCUCCACCUCUGCGCACAUCACUACGUAUCCUGGAAGGUUUGCUCAUAUUUAUAUACAGUCAGUGGUCCAGACUGAACUAUCCAAUAACUACUGACUGGAUUCAAUUUAGAAUUUAUUGUCCCCAGAGGAUGCAUCGUAAUGAUUCGAUUUUCCUCAAAAUACUGUGUAUCUUGGUCCAGAUAUUCACAUAUCCCAUCAAAAUCAGUUGUGGUCAAAAAUGAUUAAUUUUAAAUAGUUUAAAUUCUUGUCACACUCAGCUGUACUUGGUUUUGUGCUCAUUAGCAGAUGUUUCAGUACGUGUCCACAGAUGUUUUUAGAUGUCUGGAUUAACAUAGUUUCCCAACAAUGGUCACCUAAUGGGUGUCCAACUAGGUAGUGUCAUGAGAGCUAAUUUACAGCUGCUCUUUAUUAGAAAAACGCAGACUUCCCCCUGCUACAGCUGUACAAACACCGACCACACCUGAUUAGACCACCGCUUCACUCAAAGGCCGUCUUUUUCUGGAUUUCAAACCAGACCAACAUGGUAGCCAAGUAUGGAAAAUUUCAAUAAAUAUUAUGAAAACAGUGUCUGUGCAAACAUUUGAAGUAAAAAAUAGGAUGUGUAGUUCUUGAAUCUGUCUUCAUUGUAGAUGGUGUUACGUUUCACCCCCCCCCCCUUGUCUCAGACAAAGGGAAUGAACAAGGUUGUUUGUGGAUGAAACUAACCAAAACUGCACAAACAAACAGAAAACGGGGUUCUGUGGUCUAAAAGAUGAUAGUGUGUGGUUAAGUACCACUAUCCCCCAAUAAAUCUACCAAAGGUGGUAGAACAAACAAAAACCCCUUACAAGAAAAAUAUUCCCCAAAACAAAAGCAAGGAAAGCGCUGGGUUCUGUGCACUAGCACAAAACAAAGACACUUAGGUUUCCAGAAGGAGGCUGACUGAUGGUGUCAAACCUUCCAGGUCUCCUACCCACAGUCAUCUGAGCAGCUGGGAGAUCCCUCCUUAUAUCCCCGCCCAGCUGAUUGGUAACAGCACACAGCCAAGCUCAAUCUCACAGCUGCAGCAGACUGAGCUGAUCUGAGAGCCAGACUGUGAACUUCCCAAGUCCAGAACAAUGUUCAACAGUUUUUGGCAGUCAGAAGCGUCAAGUGGCAAUUGAACGCUUUAAAUUUACAUGAAGUGUUUGAGACCUCAGUUUCAUAUGAAUGAGAAACAUGCAACGUUACCAGAAUGUGUUACACAGCUGCUUCCAUAGACCGUGAAUGGGAAGAGUGACGGAUCCUCUGGACACCUACCAUUAGCAUUCCAGCAUGCUCUAGCAAGCCUAGCAUUGGCACACCUGUAGACUCUCAUUAUUGUUUAACCUGCAGCCUUCUCACCAGCUUUCUGAAUUCCUCCUUCAGGAUGGUUUUCUGCGUAAAAGACCCCGAUGCUCAGAACUUAACACAAGAGGUCACAUUUGUUAAAUGUAAGGACGCGUGGAGGACGAACUCAAAACAAAAAAGAAUCUCUCUGGACAGCCACUGACGCUGAAGGCUCUGUUGGACGUCCUUCAGUCCAUUUCAGCACUUAUCAGAUAAUUUAUACACAUUUUUACUCCUGUAAAUUUCUCUAAUAUACAAAACCUUCGCCAACUUGUACAUAAAUAUAUAUAUAAAUAUCUAUAGAAAUGGUAUUUAAAGCGAUAUAUGUGUGAAUAGUGUAUCAUAUUUUGUUAAAAAAAGCUGUUUUUGUGACACAUAACUGUAACUAUGUAAGUAAACGGCGUCAUCUUCAGUGCACUUUUUAAUAUCAUUCGGAGUUUGACGGCCUGAUGAUCGGUACUGAUGUCCUAUUGUGUAAAAUACCUCGAGUGAAAUUUCAUGUCUAAAGCACACCACUGAGAAAGGUCAUGUCAUGUGUAUGGCUACGUCUGGAAACGAGGAGUUAAAUCUGAUUUUCUUUGGGUUUUUUAGGCAAUAGGCUGCAGCUUAUUCACCUUUUUUAAUGCAUUUCCUAACCGAGCAUUCACCACUGAGGCUCCCUGUGGGUCCUGCAUCAGUGUGCCUUACUGCAAACAGUCGCCAGAAGUAAGCUGCUGCAACUUUCUCUUGCUGUUUUUCACCUCCAGUGUGUUAUUUUAUGGAUUAUGUGACUUUUACUGGAGGCUUUUUACUGCUACAUGUUCCUUUAAAACUGUCGCCUCAAAGAAGUGUCAGACGUUCUGUUCAUGUUGCGGCUGUUUGUGAGUUUUGAUGCUCAGUGUGAGGCAGAAAUAUCACUGUUAUGCUCUUUAAAAUAUUUUAUUUUUUACUUGCGCUCACUUAAUCAUUAUUACAUUUCCAGUUCUGUGAGCAAUCUUUAACCCUCGGCUCUUUAGAGAUCUGUACUGUAAUCAUUGUGACUUCAUUUCUGCCUACUUUUUUAAAAAGUGGAAAUGUUUUAUUUUUGCACUGAAAACGGGAAGCGACUUGUACAGUAAAUUUUUAUGUAAAUACUAUAAUAGAGAUGAUAGAAUUUGUAGUAUGAAGCACUGUUUGUUCUGUAUUUUUGCCUCUGGAUGAAUUUAAUCUUUUGUACAUUUUUGUAAAUACGUUCCUGUACUGUGUAAAUUCUUUAAUAAACCAAACCUGCCGUCUGAGAGGUCAUCUUGAA